AUUCUUGAAAUGAAAAUAAAUAUAUAAUUUAUUGUGCUAUGUCGACGAUACUCUACUCUUUCAUAGCCCAAAAUGAUUCAGUUAUCGCAGAUUACGCAACGCCACAAAUAUAUAACUCAGACAAAUCGGUAAAUCUAGACUUGAUUGCAAGAAAUAAUUUAUCAAAGAUCCCCAAAAACAAUUCCAACGGUUUCAACGUAAUUCUUGGACACUACUUUUUCCACCAUGUUAAAAACGGCCUUGUAUUAUCAUGUGUAACAUCAUCGGACGAAAACACCGAUCUUCCAAAAAAAUUUCUGGCGGAGUUGGAUUCAAAGAUUAAUAGUAAUGUGUUCAACAACACCAGUAACAGGAGCAGAACUCUGACUAAAAUGAUGUCUAAACUAGUGAAUGAGUACAAUAACACGAAUAUGAAGCUGAAAUCUAUCGAGUCUUCAUUGAUUUAUACAACUGACACACUCAGGGAAAACAUAACUAAUAUAAUGGAAAGAGGAGAGCUAAUCGACUCAAUAGUAACAAAGUCAGAUAACUUGAAGAGGGAGAGCAGGCUGUUUAGAGAUUCAGUAAAGUACUCAAACUCAUCAUUCAUAACAAAGUUUAUAAUAAAUAACAUAAAAAAUAAAAGACUAUAUAUAAUUUUAACAGUCAGCUUCGUUAUUAUAUUCUUCUACUUCUUUAUCGUUUCAGAAUCGGACUGAUUAACACCUAGCAUAAAAAUUCAUUGAAAAAAUUGGAUUAGGAUUUAAUAGUUUUAGAUAUGAAUGAUCUUGAUCCGGGAACUUCAUGUACCUUCUGAGGCAUACGGCGAGAUUCAAGAAACUCACAAAAAUUCAGAUGGAAGAGCAAUUAUAAUAAAAUGUAUAAAAUAACAAAUGUUUUAAUGAUGAAAAAUCUUACUCCGACGUAAAUUGUAAAAAUAAAUCUAAUUCUGCGAUGCUACAUCACCACUACCAGCAUCAAUUGUAACUUAACAUCACAAUUAUUUUAAGUAAUAAAAAU